AUGUUCGUCUCCGUGUAUUUGUUUGUGUUGGGUUUAAGCAGUUUUGUGGCGCAGACUUGCGGACAACAGUGCGAGAUCGCUCAGGUGUGCGUGACCGAUAUCACCGAUGACGACUGUUUCGGCAACCAGGUCCUGAGGCCGAACAGCCACAUAUUCGGCUGCUGCCCCAGCUGCCAGCCGCCUGGAGCGCCCGGGCCCGAGUUGGAUCAAUUGUGCAAGCCGCCGGCGAGCUGCUUACCGGACGGACGGUACGCGCCUGUGCAAUGCAAAGGCGAUUUAUUCACCGGAAGAUGUUUCUGCUCAGACGAAAAUGGGAACAGAAUAUUUGGACAAAUGUGGCGGAGUGAAGCGAGUGAAAUGACUUGCGCUUGCAGCCGCCGGAGGAGCGAAUUAGAAGCUUCUGGAAGGAGCGUUGUCGGCCUACAUUGCACCCCCACCGGCGAUUACGAGCCGCUGCAGUGCGACGAUGGCAUGUGCUGGUGCGCGCAACCCAGGACCGGCCAGCCGACUGUCCAGCCAGUGCCUCAAGAGGACAUGAAGCACUUGCCUUGCUACAGCGUGGGACUAAUCGGCGAACAAUACUUGAGGAGGUGCGAGAGUGUUGUCCAAGCGUUAAACACCAUUUACAAAGAACAAUCAGAGCAUGGAACCAAUUUCUUGGGUAAUCCUAUAACUUUCUGCGAUUACGAUGGUAGCUUUGGACCAUACCAAAUCAGAAACGGGAUAGCCUACUGCACUGAUCGCCACGGUGAAAUUCUUGGCUCUUGGCAAACCGUAUCCAGUGAAAUGGCAGGCAUGAAUUGUAACUGCGCCAGAGACACCAUGAUGUACUUCCCGGAGCGUGGAAUGACCGUGACGGAGGUCUGCCUGGCCAAUGGCAACUACCGUCCCAACCAGAACGUUGGUGACGUAUACUACUGCGUCGACACCGACGGGUACCCCAUAGAACUGCUCACCCAAUGGCCCGCUGACUUAUGCGCAAGUCAUGCU